AUGGCGGACAGUUAUACCGAUAGUAGCUCAUCUAGCAACGAGAUUGGAAGUGUAACUUCAAGUUCGUCAAGUUCAUCGUUUUCUGCUGAUUCGGCUCCAAGUUCAAAAGAAUCAUCUGCUCAAAAAGGUUUUGAUACUACAGAGAAUGGAAAGGAUUGUAAAUCUUCAUCAUUAUCCUUGUUACAAGAAAAAAAUUCUUUUACACCAAGUGAAGAUUGCUCACCUGAGGAAGUUGGUGUAAAGAGCUAUGAAAAGAGAGAAGAAAAUGAUGCAGUAAGGUUAACUAACACAGCAGAUUCAACAAGUCCUGAAAUAAAUAAAUGUGAAUCAAUGGAAAAUAAAGCCCCGGGGGAACUUGAAGAAGGAGAAUUAAGUUAUAAUAAAGCAAAUACCCAAUCAGUUGACGAUAAGGAGAGAGAAUCCGAAGGACUUGAUUUGCCGAAUGGUAAUUCGGAGAGAGACACUACUGGUUAUAGAUCUGUGGAAAACUUUGUCGAUGUGAUUGGCAUCAACUUUCACAAAAAAAUCUGA